AUGACCAACACAAAUGCUUGUCGAGCAGCAUUAAUUUCGGGCUCAAAACGACAACCAGUUAGUCAAAAUAUUCCGAUUCGUAACCGUACAGUUACCUCAAAUUCAACAUCAGCUUCAUCUCCAACGUUUAGCAAUAUUGAACAUAUUCGAAGUUAUUCUUUAUCUCGUACUCAUUCAGAUCAAUCAUCACAUAUGGGUAUUAGUUCAUCAAUAGCAUCAGCAAGUCGUCGUACAUCUAUGUCAGAUGUAAAAGAAAAAUCACGAAGAGGUAAUUCACAAUUGAUUAGAGGACCGAAAAGUUUACGUGAAUGGCAUGAACAACCUGUCAAUCUUCUUGAACAACCAUAUCUUUUAGAAAAUGUUAAUGUUCAAAUUCUUUCACCAAAUAGUGAUCGAACACAUCCACCUUUCUUUUGUGACAAUGAAAAAUUGAAAAAAUCCGAAGAAAAUUUACAUACUGAAACUGAAAAUGAUGAUAAUCAAACAAUACGUACAUUAGAUGUGAAUGAAAAUAAAUAA